AUGGAUAGAGGUCGUGGAGGAACCUCGGGCGGGGGAAGAGGAAGGCAAGCAAGGCAAUCGAGGGGUGGUCGAGUUGCUAGGCUAGUUCAAGGGACUACUCGAGAUGUACCGGUUGAUGAAGUUCCACCUUCGGGCAUUCCUCUACCUCAAGUUACCCCUCAAGCUGCGCCUCAAACAACUACACCAGUUGAUAUUGCGGGCACAUUUCAAGUGUUAGCUAACCUUUUGCAGCAACAAGCAACUAAUAAUCAAGCUUCCUACUUUGAAAGGUUUAGACGUGUAAACCCACCGACCUUCGAUGGUGGACCAAAUCCCUUGGUAGCAAUUAGAUGGAUAAAAGAGGUGGAGAAAUUGUUCGCAGCUAUGCAGUACCCUCCAGAAAUCAAAUUGGGUGUAACCAUACCAUUACUUCAAGGAAAUGCAGAGCAUUGGUGGGGGGUUACAAGGGCAUCAUAUCCAGAUGGGGAUCAUAUAACUUGGGAAGAAUUCAAGAGGGUGUUUUAUCGUAACUUUUUUCCAGAUAGUGUAAGGAGGGUGUUAGAAAAUGAAUUCCUAAAUUUGGUGCAAGGUGAUAUGACAGUCUUGGAAUAUGCCCAUAAGUAUAUAGAACUAGGAGAGUUCUUUCCAAUAUAUAUGAGUAACGAGGAAACAAAGGCCAAUAGGUUUGAAAAUGGUUUGAGGUCAACAAUCCGCAAUCACAUGUCAUCUAAUGUUUAUCAUAGCUAUCAAGAAGUGUUCGAUAGUGCCAUAAAAGUUGAAGCAAGGUUGAAUGAGUCUAAGGAGCAAUGGUCUGACAAAAAAAGGGCAAGAGAAGCAAUACAACAAUAUGGAAAGCCAAGGGGUAUUGGAAAUUUACCAAAUAAGAAGACAGCUAAAGGACAUGUUGUGCAGACCAAGGAGUGCAACUUCUGCCAUCUUUAUCAUACCGGGGAGUGUCGCCGCAAGUCUGGGGCAUGUUUUGAAUGCGCAACAAAGAUUGACGGCUUGCAACCAUCGAACGAUCGCUGGAUACCUUUGAAGAAGGCGAUCAGUGGGGAUCGCCUUCUGUUGGAGAAGGCGACCGACGACCGUCGGUCGCCAAUGUUUGUUGUUGAAAUAACGCUGGAGUUGGUUAGAGAGUUACCAGAACCCUAG